AGUCACAUGAUCGGUACGAUGGUUGGUUGGGUUACUCAAAAAAGAAGGAGCUUCUUCGUAUAAAUGCUUCUUUUCUCUUUUUCCUUCCUUUUCUCCUUUUCUUCUUCUCAAUAAUUGAAAAUCAUUAUAAAGAAUGUCACAAGAAGCUACAUCUUCUAUAGAAAACAAUUUUUGGUCUUCCGAUAAAACCGCCCUGAAUAUUUUAUUAGACAAACUCGAUCAAUCUAAUAAAACAACGAAUGCCAUUAAAGACUUUUUCACAGAAAGAGCUCGAAUAGAACAAGAAUACGGAAAUCAGUUGCUAAAGUUAUCAGAAACGUUCAACAUUCAACAUGAGGAAGAGUUUAGCAUCAUUUCAAAUACCACAGAAAUGAAUGCUAGAGCGCACAUAGAUCUAGGCGAUAACAUAAAAAACUUGCUAGAAUUACCCUUGACUGAUUACGUUCAAGAUCAAGAGAAUAUACAAACUUUUAUGACCAAUCAGAUGAAGGAAUCACAAAACAUGAAAAUGCUGCAUGGCGAUAAUGUGAAAAAGACCCGACAAUCAUACAUCAAUGAAUGUCAGAAACCAACUCUCUCUCCUAAAGAAGCUGAGGUAUUAGAUUUCGAAUAUCGGAAAGCCAUUAACUUGAUGCAAUCGAAUUCCCCUUCUUGGAUACACGAUUGGCGCGAGUCAUGUAAGACUUUUGAGUCGUUAGAGCUAAACCGCUUAAGUUAUUUAAAAGCAGUGAUAAAAACCUUCUCGAGCAUGACAGCGUGUGCAUAUAGCAUCGAUGAACAGACUUGUGAAAGAUUAGUUACUGUAAUGGACGAUAUGAAUGCAAAUGAGGAUAUUUUGAAAUUUAUAUCAAAUCACGGGACCGGAUCAGUCUUACCAGAUAUUCCAAAAUACACCAAAUUCAAAAGGAAUAAAGAAAUAGUUUUGAAACAAGAACAUCAACCCAUUAUAACGAUCAAAGAAAUCAAUAUACCAACUAAACAUGAUGAACAACUACGAUCUUCCUCGCUACCCCCACACCAGUAUCCUUUAGAUCCCGUAUACAAAUCAAAUGUGAGACAGAUUUCAUCGCAUAGUGAACCUGUGUUAAGCAACUUUACAUUUAAACAAGAUGAAAAAUUAAACCAUAACCAAAAUAAAUCUACACUCGUUGCAUCUUAUGAAGAGCCUAAUUAUCAAACCGCACAACACUUUUUACCGUGGAGCACUAAAUCUACCACUCCUACACCAAGUAAAAAGGCUCCCAGUAUAUUUUCGCCACUAGGAUUUUUGAAGAAAAAAAAGGUAGAAGACAAAACUAAGCGACUCUCAUUAGGGCAUAUUUCAACUAAGAACCCAGUACCGGCACCGAACCGUAACUCAAGUUCAUCUGUGCUAACUCCGCCUAGUCCUAUGUUUAGCCAAAUGGAUUUCUAUUAUUCUCCUUCCGAUAAUCAUCAUCAUAAUGACUUACAGCAACCACAUAUUUGUUAAUACAAUAAUAAGAUAUUUAUGUUUAUAUUAUAUAACAAAAU